AUGAAAGAGUACGACUACAAUCAAAUGCUAGAAGACUACCAGUUUUUGAACCAGGUAGGGCGCAUGGUCACAGAAAGAGGGCGUGAGCUUAGCAAUGGCAAAAUGUUGGCCCCUGAGAAGCCGGCUGCUGGUCCUAGUUCUCGGCAUGGCCCUGCAGCGCAGCAGCGUCGUGAGGCGCUAGGGAAGCAGAUUGCCUUUCAUAAGCUGCCAAUCAUGCUUGUGCCUGAUGGUAUGUCUCGGCGGAAGCAGAAUCGGUCUCAUUGGGAUGCCAAACAGCGGCGAAUGCUGUUUACGAUCCAGUUUCACUUCCCUUGCCAACGCACCAGCGAAGAUGCCACUAUAGCUCGCGCACAAGCGCAAGGGAUCCUUGUACAUUCCCUUGAAGGACCAACAUGUCUUUCGCACGUGUGUCUUACGGAAUUGGAACGGUUGUCGGCGCGUGUGCAUCACCAAAGCGUGACGGCAUGGCAUGCACGAAUAACUCCUGACGAGAGGCCUGGAAAGCGUGCACGUAUGGAUGACAUGUCCCAUCGCAUGGAUCGAGUGUCACAUCAUGGCCCAUGGCACUUGGCGCCCGACGUUAUGGCAUCGUUGGGCCUCCCUCAUGCCCCUAACCAUGCGUUGUCUUUGCCCGCCUCCAGCGCGCUUGUGCUACAUGUCUACCCACUUCGACUGCGAAAUGAAAGCAGUGUGAAAUACCUCGACUGGUGGGCACGUAAAGGCGCUAUGCAAGAAGCCGCAGCGACGCCCGCCACUGUGUCGACCUCGGAGGCUAUGUCGAAACCCUCCCUGCUGGUUCCGCAGCACAUCCUUGACCAAGUCUCACAACUUCGUGCAGACCCCUCGACGGUGGUCGACUCACCUCUAACAUCGAGCACGACGCAGUACUACGUGCUCGUUCCCUCUGAGAUGGAUCUGCUCACGCUCAUACGACGUAUACCCUCGGAGUUUGGUAUGGUGGAGUUUGCCGAUCUAGAGCUGUGGCAUACGGAGGCUCUGACCAUGGCGGAACGUCGAGGGCAAGUUGUCCUUUUGCCCUUGGGCCCAGCGCCAAGCACACCUACAGACACCACUACCCCAGCGCCAACAUCCCCAGAGGCCGUAAAGCUUGCUGCAAUGCCCACUCUGGUCGCCUAUACCAGCUCCGAUAGUGAGGGGGAGGCUGAAUGA